AUGUGUAAUUCACCAGAUGAGCUCCCGAAAGGAGAAGAAAAAGACGAGGAAAAACACGACACCGAAGUAAAUAAAGAGUUAGGAGAAAACGAAACCAAAGUGCCCGCAGCUGCACCCCGACGAUCAGAAAGAGAAAAAAGCAUGCCGACUCCAUAUGAGCAAGAGAUGGAGCGUCUUCGCAAAUUAUUAGCCGAUGUGGAGAGUGAUGAAGAGGUCAUUCCAGACGAUGAAUGUUUUAGUGAUCAAGAAAACUUCAGUGACCACUUCAGUGAGAGUGAAUUUUCAGGAAGUGAAAGUUUUGCUGAUCCCGAUAGAGAUGACACCUUUGUUGGAAGAGAUGCAAAAACUAUUUGGCAAAAAACAAAAUUCCGAGCUAAUGUCUGUGCUCCAGCUCGAAAUAUAAUUACGCAUCUUCCUGGGCCAAAAGGAAACGCCAAAAAUGUCAGUGAUGUCUUUGAGAGUUGGAGCGUUUUUAUCGAUGAUAAAAUGAUAAACCAAAUAGUUGAAUGCACUAAUAUUUUUAUACAUGACGUUUCAAAAAAUUACUCAAGACUCGGGGAUGCAAAAUGCACAGAUUUGGUGGAAAUUAAGGCUUUAUUUGCCCGAUUAUAUUUAGCAGGUCUUCACAAGUCUUCUCAUCUAAAUGUAAGGGACUUAUGGGCUACUGACGGAACCGGAAUCGAAAUAUUUCGUUGUGUAAUGUCAUACAACCGUUUUCUUUUUUUGAUGAGAUGUUUACGCUUUGACGAUGUACAUACCAGAGAUUCAAGGAAACAAAACAAUAAACUGGCUGCAAUAAAUGAAAUAUUUGAAGCUUUCGUUGCAAACUGCAAAGAAAAUUACACUUUAGGGGAAUAUGUGACCAUUGACGAAAAACUGGAACCGUUUCGGGGUCGCUGUGCCUUUAGACAGUAUAUGCCAAACAAGCCCGCAAAAUAUGGAAUAAAACUAUUUGCAUUAGUCGAUGCAAGAACUUUUUACACUUCAUCUAUGGAAAUCUACUGUGGUAAAAAUAGCAACAAAUCGAACAAACCGAUUGACGUUGUAAAAAGACUUGUAGAGCCACUGUACAACACAGGUAGAAACGUUACCACAGAUAACUGGUACACUAGUUAUCCUUUGGCCAAAGAUUUGAUUUCUAAAAAUCUUACAAUAGUAGGAACAUUGCGAAAAAAUAAAAAAGAAAUCCCUGUUGAAUUCGUAAAUACGAAGAAACGUGAAAUACAUUCUUCAUUAUUUGGAUUCCAAAAAUAUUGCACAAUCGUCUCAUAUGUUCCAAAGAAAGGAAAAUGUGUUUUACUAUUGUCAACGAUGCAUAACGAUGACACUAUUGAUGAGGAUUCAGCUGAGAAAAAGAAACCAGAGAUUAUUACAUUUUAUAAUAUGACGAAGUGCGCAGUGGAUGUUGUUGAUCAAAUGGCGGCAUCCUACACCACGGCAAGGAUAACAAAUCGAUGGCCCAUGCUCCCGCCUUGCUCAGCUCUUUCUCAAAUUCAGAUGACCUGCAAGAAAACGUCAGAGAAACAAAGGAAGAAGCUUCCUCCUUAUGGCCCAACUAGGUCAAAAACAAUACCUCAAAACUCAGAAACCACAGCGUUUCACUUCCUUGAUAUUUACUCCAAUGCCACCAAAAACAACCAGGAAACAUAA